UUGUCGAUGGGUAAACCCUUAUCAGUAAAUCAGUAUUAUGUAUAUGAAAUUGUUUAAAUAUUCCUCGAGCGAGACUUCAAAUUCGACGCCGUAACAAUUAUUGUACUAAAAGUGAAGCAAAAGCAGCACCAGCACCAAAACGGAACGAGAAGCGAGAACUAAAUUGUGAACAUUACAGUUUGAGCGUCGAACAGUGAAGAGUGUAGUAUUGUAGUUUAUACAUCAUAUUUGAGUUCAGGGAUCUCUAAGAAUACCCACAAAUAACAAGAAUGGAGAAAAGCGGUAACCCACCACCUUACGCACCACCAUACGGCGGCGCACCACAAUACGGUGGACCUCAACCUGGUUUCCAACCACCACCCCCUGGACCACCACAUCAUGAACCGCAACAGACAGUUAUUGUCACACACACGGUGUCCCAGGUACCCGUGGGACCAUCUCCAACUUCCACGACGUGUCCAUCGUGUCACGCUCAAAUAAUUACUUCAGUGGAAACUGAAACAACAACCAAAACGCAUUUAUUCGCCUUACUACUGUGUUUGUUUGGGUGCUGGCCGUGCUGCUGCAUUCCGUAUUGUAUGGAUUCGUGUCAAGCAAAAACCCACUACUGUCCAAACUGCAGGGCUUACAUCGGAAAAUUCGAUAAUUAGAACUAUUCAAAUAUCUGUAUUAAUUCCUUUAAUAUUAAAGAGAAAUAUAAAAGCCUACUGCCAAUUAUAAAACCUAAAACACGCACAUUACACUUAUUCACAAGAGGGCCAAAAUAUCAAAUUGUCAUAUAUGAAGCCAGAAUAAAGCAGAUUCAAAAUACC